AUGAGCGAGAAAGGCCGCCCAAACGACUCGUCAUAUCCACAGCUAUCACAAACACAUCCUUUCAGUGUUACGUCGUUAAUGUACGAUCGUGGUUUGCAAAAAUCCAGCGGCAGUCAGGCAAAACCAACACUGUCAUCAACAGCUCAGCAAAUCCAAUCGUCGAAAUCCGAGCAUAAGUUUUCCGUGAAAAAUUUACUGCGACAAAGUAACAAUGCUAACAGGAAUAAAGUUCAAGUAGAGAUCGAUCCACACCGAGAACCUGUCAUUUGUCGUGCCAACUAUGAGGACCAGCUCAUCAAAGAUGAUUUCAGCUCUUGGAUCACGUCCCCUGGUUAUAAUGCAGCUACACUGCAAGCACAAAUCAGUCCGGCUAAAUGCCAGCUACGUAAACACAAGACGAACCGCAAGCCUCGUACUCCCUUCACGACAACACAACUGCUAGCGUUGGAAAGAAAAUUCAGACAAAAGCAAUACCUAUCCAUUGCAGAACGCGCCGAGUUUUCCUCCUCGUUGAGCCUCACCGAAACUCAAGUAAAGAUAUGGUUUCAAAACCGUCGAGCAAAAGCGAAAAGACUGCACGAGGCAGAGAUGGAAAAGUACAAACUUGUGGCGAAGCCACUAAUGUUACCCCCCAGUGUACCGAUGGCACCUCCACCAUCGGCUACACUAAGUAAAUGCUCUGUAAGCUGUUCAAAAAGUCAUCCCCACAGCAUGCACACACCUUUAACUUACUCUCCACCAGGACAUUUACCUUAUAUCAACUUGAAUUGCCCCACUAUGCAUCAUCAUUCGAUGACUGCAGGUUUUGGGUUAAUGUGCACUUCUGUAAGAGCACCAAUUGCCGACCUAAGUCAUUUUGUAUAUCCGUAAUAUCAGAAGAUUUGUCUGAAAGAAGAGGAAACACCACGUUUGUGUGAAAGGCUUUUUCGUUUCAUUUAUUUAUUGUAAAAUACGUGGGCUGUAGCUAAUACCCUUGUUGCCAUCAUAUUUUGUAAAUAGAUAAAAUUAUCACAAACAAUUUAUAUUAUCAUUAAAAAAAUACUCAUCUAACAAUAAAUUACCAUCUAACAAUA